ACCGAUACGACACUUGAUCUGCCGAAUCAUACCGAUACGACACUUGAUCUGCCGAAUCAUACCGAUACGAUACUUGAUCUGCCGAAUCACACCAAUACGAUACUUGAUCUGCCGAACCAUACUGAUACGAUACUUGAUCUGCCGAAUCAUACCAAUACGAUACUUGAUCUACCGAAUCACACCAAUACGACACUUGAUCUGCCGAAUCAUACCGAUACGACGCUUGAUCUACUGAAUCAUACCGAUACGGCACUUGAUCUGCCGAAUCAUACCGAUACGGCACUUGAUCUGCCGAAAAAUACCGAUACGACACUUGAUCUGCUGAAUCAUACCAAUACGGCACUUGAUCUGCCGAAUCAUACCGAUACGAGACUUGAUCUGCUGAAUCAUACCGAUACGACACUUGAUCUAUUGAAUCAUACAGAAGCGAUAUUUCAUCUUCAGACGACCCAUAAUCAUCCAUCAAUAGCAUGCGAGGUGAAUGUUGGCAUUUUCUACGAUCAAAUGCUGUAUCAAAGGCCAGUGAAUGUGCAUGAAAAAAUCGCACGAAAAUUUUAUUGUGGUUUUUCAUUCGGUCGGCAAACAAUUCAAGUGUUUAGCAAUGUCAUUCACGCAGUUGUAUUGGUUUGUGCGUUGAAACGAGUGAAAAAAUCCACUCGUUUCAACGCAAAAACGAAUACAAUUAAAUAG